AUUUCAGAUUUUGGAUUAUCUAGACCGUCAAACGAACAAAUAUCGAAUAACAAAAUAUGUGGAGUAUUGCCAUAUAUUGCUCCAGAAGUUUUAAAUGGAGAACCUUAUACAUUAUCUUCUGACAUUUAUAGUGUUGGUGUAAUUAUGGCUGAAUUAUCAUCUGGAAAACCACCUUUUUAUAAAGGAAAGCAU